AUCGUAAGUAUUUUUCGAAAGUGUUAACUCCUCUCUUUUCAUUGUUCUUCUUGUUCUUUGAUUUUAGCCAUUAUAGCUAUAGUUUUCUUCUUCUACAUAUUUAUAUUCAAAAACAACAUCCCUUCUUUUUUUUUUAACAUAACCACACACGAAGUCCAUGGGAUUAUUCUUUGGCCAUUUCUUCCAAAAUGCAAUGCCAUACAUCGCAGUCAUCUUCCUCCAAUUCGGCUACGCCGGACUGAACAUCCUCUCUGCCAUCGCCCUCAGUGGUGGUAUCAGUCACUACGUUCUUGUCGUCUACCGUCAGGUCUUUGCUACUGCGAUCAUGGCGCCCUUUGCUCUCAUUCUCGAGAGGAAAUUUAGACCAAAGAUUACAGUUAAGAUUUUCAUUCAGAUGUUCGUUCUUGCUCUUCUUGGGCCAUUGCUUGAUCAAAACUUAUACUACAUGGGGCUAAAAUUGACAUCUCCAACAAUCGCUUGCGCCAUAGGCAACAUGCUUCCUUCAAUGACAUUUGCUAUGGCAGUCAUUUGCAAGAUAGAAAAGUUAGAUAUGAAAAGAGUGGGAUGUCGAGCGAAGUUGUUGGGAACAAUAGUGACCCUAUGUGGAGCCAUGUUGAUGACAUUUUAUAAAGGAAGUAUCGUCAACUUUCUCGGUACAAAGCACGGCCGCCAACCGAACAUACCAUCCACGGCCGUGCACAACCACCACAACAAGGGAGAGUACAUCAAAGGCUCCAUUUUGCUCAUCAUCUCCGUUUUUGCUUGGGCAGCCUUCUUCGUCCUUCAAGCAAUAACCUUGAGAAAAUACACAGCUCAUCUUUCUCUCACCGCCUUGGUUUGCUUUCUGGGAACCCUUCAGGCUAUUGUUGCCACCCUUGCCAUGGAGCGUCGCCUUUCCGUGUGGACCAUCGGUUGGGAUUGGAACCUUCUAGCAUCUGCUUAUGCGGGAAUUGUGACGACAGGGGUGGCAUAUUAUGUUCAAGGUAUGGUUAUGAAAAGAAGAGGGCCAGUUUUUGUUACAGCUUUUGGUCCUAUGGUAGUAGUGAUUGUUGCCUUCAUGGGUCAUUUCAUCUUGGCUGAAGAGAUUUAUGUUGGAGGGAUAAUUGGAACAGUGGUGAUUGUGAUAGGGUUAUACUUUGUUUUGUGGGGAAUGUAUAAGGAAAGCAAAGAGAAGAAGGAAGAAGUUAAUGGAGAGAUUAUUGUUGAAGCAAUAAUAGACGAAGGUAUUGAAUUAGCAAUUGAUCAAAAGAAAGAGGGACAUUUGGCCAUUACUACUAUUCCAUCCCUUCAUGGCUUCACCUAAUUACAUGGGAAAAGAGGCCUCAAGACACUAAUCAAACCAAAUCAAAAGUCAAUUAAAAAAAUAUUGAAGAACACUAACAAAGAAAUUAUGGCUAAUUGAGAAAUUAAAAAGGGAGGAGAAGAAUAUUGAUGAUUAAACACUCUUUUCUUUAAAUUUGCCUUUUUUAUAUUCUAUUUCAUCCUCCAAUUUUCUCUUUUAACUUUAGUUUUCUCUCUCUAAUCUCUUUUUGGUUGGGUAUAAUAAUGGGUCUAUUAUAAUUGGCCCUUUAAAAAAUUCUCUACAGCUUCUGUUUUUUAGGUUUUUAAUGCAAGUUUGUAUUGACUCUUUUUAAAGUAUUGUUCAUUGAUUCUAAAGGUUAUAAGGUGUAGAUUAAUGUACAACUAUUAGUUAAUAGUUUAAAUUGAGACUCUACUUUUAAUAUUAGAGUGUAAAUUUAGUUUUUGAUUAAAAUGGUAUAGUCCGCAAAGAAUUGAGAUAAGAUUAAUGGAAAUAAUAAGAUUAAUGGAAA